GGAAGUGGGCGUCCGCGUCACGUGAGAGUGGCGCGCUGGGGAGGGGUCACGUGACGGGAGAGAGAUGGCGGCUCCGGGCGAGCGAGAGUCUGGCGUCGGGGCGGAGGAGGCGUUCCUCACGUUCUAUACGGAGGUGAAACAAAUAGAGAAACGAGAUUCUGUUUUAACUUCCAAAAAUCAGAUUGAGAGGCUGACUAGGCCUGGGGCGUCUUACUUCAAUCUGAAUCCGUUUGAGGUGUUACAGUUGGAUCCUGAGGUUACAGAUGAAGAGAUAAAGAAAAGAUUCCGUCAGUUAUCCAUAUUGGUGCAUCCUGACAAAAACCAAGAUGAUCCUGAAAGAGCACAAAAGGCAUUUGAAGCUGUCGACAAAGCAUACAAGUUGUUGCUGGACCAGGAACAAAAGAAGAGGGCCUUAGAUGUGAUACAGGCUGGAAAGGAAUAUGUGGAACACAUUGCAAAAGAGAAAAAGAAACAAUUAAAGAAGGAAGGCAAGCCAAUCAACAUAGAAGAGGAUGAUCCAGAAGUAUUCAAGCAAGCUGUAUACAAGCAGACGAUGAAACUCUUCGCAGAACUUGAAAUUAAAAGGAAAGAGAGAGAAGCAAAAGAAAUGCAUGAAAGGAAGCGUCAGCGAGAAGAAGAAAUAGAGGCUCAAGAGAAAGCAAAGCGAGAACGAGAAUGGCAAAAGAACUUUGAGGAGAGUCGAGAUGGACGUGUGGAUAGCUGGAGGAACUUCCAAGCAAACACAAAAGGAAAGAAAGAAAAGAAAAACAGAACCUUUUUGAGACCCCCCAAAGUCAAGAUGGAGCAGCGUGAAUGAGCCUGGUUCUUUUAGGCUGCUGCGGACACUCCUGUAUCACCAGGUUUAGCUUCUUGCUUUUCAAGUAGGAUCUUUAUUUUUAGUAUGAUUGAAUCUUGGUCAAAGUAUUUUCUGUCCUCUGCCUGAGGUUCAUGAUGUGUGGUGUGUUGUCCAGGGCCAAACUGACUGUUCUUAGAACCUGUGGCUAAUUUCGGAAGACACCAACAUCACAUUUACUUGUAAUCCCUGUAAUUUAAUGUUCUGUAUUCCAAGGAUGUCGCUGUUCAUAUUGUCAUCAAGUCCCUAAAACUGUAGAAAUAACCAUCUCUAAGGCAGAUGUUUAAAAUGUUGCCUGGCUCCUCCUCUGCUCAUCUAGGACAGUUGCCAAUUUCUCCUUUGUAUCUAUUUCCACUUCUCAGUAGUGAGAAUUGGAAGCUGGAAUGAAGAUGUCUUGUUGGACUCAACUUGGCUACAUGAAGCUGAAAUUAUCCCUUGGCUCUUAUUGUCUGUUGGUAGCUCCUGGAUUCCAUGAUUUGCAUUGGGGUGACUGGCUUAUUAGACCCUCUCUGUAAAUAAUUUAAAAAUCCUUGCAUUGGAUAGUCUUAGUGGCAAUGUUCUGUAUGUAAAAUAAAUAAAUUUUUAUCCAAUA